UCUGCUCGCUGCUGGUUUGCAGUUUCGAUUUCACUUUAAAGUUUUGUUUCCUAGGCUGUGUCGCCUCCCCAAUGAGGCCAGUUUCUCGGAAACUCCCUUCCGGCUCUCGCUUUGGCUUUAAAGGGCCUGGGAGCGGGGCUGAAGGCUCAUCGCCGGGUGCCGGGCUGCAGGGAUGACGGCCGAGCAGCGGAGGAAUCUUCAGGCCUUCGGCGACUAUCUCAGAAAGAUGCUGGACCCCACCUGCAUCCUCAGCUACAUGGCGCCCUGGCUUAGCGAGGAUAAAGUGCAGUGUAUUCAAGCUGAGAAAAACAACAAGGGUGCAAUGGAGGCAGCUUCACUUUUUCUCAGGUGCCUGUUGGAGCUUCAGGAGGAUGGAUGGUUCCAGGCCUUUUUGGAUGCCCUUGGCCACGCAGGCUAUUCUGGACUUUGUGAGGCCAUUGAAAGUUGGGAUUUUCAAAAAAUUGACCAAUUGGAGGACUAUCGAUCACUUUUAAAGCGUCUACAACCAGAAUUUAAAAACAGAAUUAACCCAAGAGAUAUCCUUCCUGAUAUUUCUGGAUGCUUAAUUAGUCAAGAAUGUGAAGAGAUUCUACAGGUUUGUUCCAACAAGGGGAUGAUGGCAGGUGCAGAGAAAAUGGUUGAAUGCCUUCUCAGAUCAGACAAGGAGAACUGGCCAAAGGUGUUGAAAAUUGCUUUAGAGAAAGAAGAGAGCAAUUUCAGUGAACUGUGGAUUGUGGAGAAAGGUUUAGAAGAUGUUGAAACUAAAGAUAUGAAGGAUGAUGAAACAGAAACUUUUGACAUACAGAUUGUCUACCAGGAAGAAGCAGAAUAUGUGAAUCUUAGUCAGAAUUCAUGUCCUGUUUCAGAAGUUCCUCAGUCUAACAGCCCACACAAACCAAGAAAUUACCAACUAGAGCUUGCUUUGCCUGCUCAGGAAGGAAAAAACACAAUCAUAUGUGCUCCUACUGGUUGUGGAAAAACCUUCAUUUCAGUUCUUAUAUGUGAACAUCAUCUUGGAAAUUUUCCACAAGGAAAAAAGGGAAAGGUUGUCUUUUUUGCUAAUAAGCUUCCAGUGUAUGAACAGCAGAAAUUCGUGUUCUCAAAAUAUUUUGAAAGACGUGGGUACAAAGUUGCUGGCGUUUGUGGAGCAACAGUUGAAUCCAUUUCAGUGGAGCAGAUUGUUGAGAACAAUGACAUCAUCAUUUUAACUCCACAGAUUCUUGUCAACAGCCUUAACCACAGGACCAUUCCAUCCCUCUCUGUCUUUACUUUAAUGAUUUUUGAUGAAUGCCACAAUACCAGUAAACUCCAUCCUUAUAACAUGAUCAUGUUUAAUUACCUAGACCAAAAACUUGGAGGAUCUUCAGAGCCACUCCCCCAGAUCCUUGGACUGACUGCCUCAGUUGGUGUUGGGAAUGCCAGAAACAAAACUGAAGCAAUGGAAUAUAUCCUCAAAGUGUGUGCUUCUCUUGAUGUAUCAGCAAUAGCAACGGUCAAAGACAACUUGAAAGAGUUGGAGGAAAUUGUUUAUAAGCCCCAGAAAUUUUCCAGGAAAGUGCAAUCACGCACUUCUGACAGAUUUAAAAGCAUCAUAUGUCAGCUGAUGAAGGAGACAGAGAAUCUGGCGAAGAAUGUCUUUGAAGAAUUCGAUAAAUUAUCUCAGUAUCAAAGUAGAGAUUUUGGAACACAGAAAUAUGAACAAUGGAUUAUGAAAGUUCAGAAGAUGUGCGCAGUGUUUAAGAUGUCAGACAAAGAUGAAGAGAGCAGGAUUUGUAAAGCUCUGUUUUUGUACACGUCACACUUGCGGAAAUAUAAUGAUGCUCUCAUUAUCUAUGAAGAUGCACGCAUAAAGGAUGCCCUGGAUUACUUGACAGAUUUCUUCAAUGAGGUCCGAGCAGCAGGAUUUGAUGAGAUUGAACAAGAUCUCACAAGGAGAUUUGAAGAAAAAUUGCCUGAACUAGAAAUGGUUUCCAUGGAUCCCAGCAACGAGAACCCUAAACUUAGAGACCUCUGCUUCAUCUUACUAGAGGAGUACCAUUUGAAGCCAGACACAAGAACCAUUCUCUUUGUGAAAACCAGAGCACUUGUGAAUGCUUUAAAGAAAUGGAUUGAAGGAAAUUCUCAACUCAGCUUUCUAAAACCUGGCAUACUGACUGGUCGUUCCAAAACAAGUCAGACCAUAGGGAUGACGCUCCCAGCACAGAAGUCUGCAUUGGAUACAUUUAGAACCAAUGACAAUAAUAAGAUUCUGAUCGCCACAUCAGUUGCUGAUGAAGGCAUUGAUAUUGCUCAGUGCAAUCUAGUCAUCUUGUAUGAAUAUGUGGGAAAUGUCAUCAAAAUGAUCCAAACUAGAGGCAGAGGAAGAGCAAAAGGCAGCAAGUGCUAUCUUUUGACUAGUAAUGAUGAGGUCAUUGAAAAGGAAGACAUGAAUAUAUGCAAAGAAAAAAUGAUGAAUGAAGCUAUUUUAUACCUUCAGAAACUGGAUGAUGCUGUAUUUAAAGAAACGGUUUAUCAGAUACAGGUUCAAGAAAAAUCUCUCAGGGAUAAUUCAGAAAAACCAAAGCCUGAACCUGAUAAGAAAAAUAAAAAGCUGCUCUGUAGAAAGUGCAAAGCCUUUGCAUGUUGCACAGCUGAUGUAAGAGUAGUGGAGCAAUGCCAUUACACUGUGAUUGGAAAUUCUUUCAAGGAGUGCUUUGCACGCAAAUCACACAGCAAACCAGAGAACUGUGGGAGUUUUGAGAAGAAAGAAAAGAUAUUCUGUGUCAAAUGCAACCAUGACUGGGGGAUUCAUGUGAAAUAUAAGACAUUUGAGAUCCCAUUUAUAAAAAUUCAAGGUUUUGUGGUGGAAGAUAUUUUAACUGGAAUCCAGACACCAUACACAAGAUGGAGAGACUUCGAUUUUGAUAAGAAAACAUUUGAUGCUGCAGAAAUGUCUAAUUGACCUCAAGCACUGAAUACUUUGUAAGCUAACAGGGCUUAAUAGUAGUUGGGAAAUUUGCAAUACCUUAACUUCUGUUUCUAUCCUUCCUCUUAGAACCAACAACUGGGGCCAGGCAGUGGCGCAACUGGUUAAGUGCACACAUUACAGUAUGUUAGGACCUGGGUUCAACACCCUGAUUCCCACCUGUAGUAGUGUAGCAGGGCUGCAGAUGUCUCUCUGUCUCUUUCCUUAUCUUCUCAAUCAAUUUCUGUCUCUAUUCAAUAAUAAAUAAGUUUUUUUAAAAAAGAAAGUCUUAAAAUCUUAGAACCAAUAGCUCACAUACACUCAUUAGCUACUCAAUGCACAUUGCAAUGUAUGAACCAUGGAAUGCUGAAAGGUUUUCCCUAUUUUCUUUCAUUAAUCUAAUGUCUAAUGUAAAUUGGCUUUUGUACUUAACAGUCUCAAACUGUUCUUGUCAAAGUCACCAGUGACUCUGGUUGUCAAGUCCAUUGGACACUUCUUAAUUUUUCGAUUCCCUUGUUGCUUUUUAUCCUACUAAGCUACUCCUUUCUUAGAACUCACUCAUUUUUCUAUUUCUGCUAGCUAUAUUCCAGUCUUUUCUUUUUAAAGAUUUUAUUUAUUAAUUAGAAAGAUAGGAGAGAUAGAACCAGACAUCACUCUGGUACACAUGCUGCCGGGGAUUGAACUUGUGACCUCGUGCUUGAGAUUCCAGUGCUUUACCUACUGUGCCAUCUCCCGCACCACAUAUCCCAGUCUUUUCUAUUUGUUUCUUGUGUGAUCUCUAAAAUGUUAACGAUUCCAAAGUUUCAAUAAAUAUAUAAAUACACUCUCA